CAUAAACAGAGAGAGAGAGAGAGAGAGAGAGCUUGUGGUGAAAGAUGGAGUCUGAAACAUUAGCUACAUUGGCUAACAGCAUCAAAGAUCACUUGUCUUUCCAAUCUAAUGGCUCCCUAUCAGCUUCAAGCCCUCCUAAACAACCCUUUAUUAUUGGUGUUGCUGGUGGGACUGCAUCUGGGAAAACAACCGUCUGCAAUAUGAUCAUUUCUCAGCUUCAUGAUCAAGGCGUUCUUCUUAUAAAUCAAGAUUCUUUUUAUCACUCCCUCAGCAAUGAACAAUUGGAAAGAGUUCAUGAGUAUAAUUUUGACCAUCCUGAUGCCUUUAAUACAGAGCUUCUCCUUUCUUGCAUGGAAAAAUUAAAACAUGGACAGGCAAUUACACUACCAAAUUAUGAUUUCAAAAGCCAUCAAAGUACAGGACCAGGACAAAAGGUUAACCCUUCAGAUGUUAUCAUCUUAGAAGGAAUACUAGUUCUUCAUGAUCCCCGAGUUCGCGAUCUCAUGAACAUGAAGAUCUUUGUUGACACAGAUUCUGACCUGAGGCUUGCGCGAAGAAUUCAAAGAGAUACUGUUGAAAGAGGAAGAAAUAUUCAAAAUGUGCUUGAUCAAUAUGCCAGAUUUGUAAAGCCUAGCUUUGAAGAAUAUAUUUUACCAUCAAAAAAACAUGCAGACAUUAUAAUUCCUAGAGGAGGAGAUAAUGAUGUUGCAAUUGACUUAAUAGUACAACAUAUCCAAAGCAAGCUUGGCCAGCAUGAUUUAUGCAAAAUAUAUCCAAACGUUUUUGUUAUUUGCUCAACAUUUCAGAUAAGGGGAAUGCACACUCUGAUUCGUGAUGUCAAAACAACAAAGCAUGAUUUUGUCUUUUAUGCAGACCGACUAAUCCGAAUGGUUGUGGAGCAUGGUCUUGGUCAUCUUCCUUUUACUGAAAGACAAAUCAAAACUCCAACAGGAUCCAUAUAUCCUGGAGUUGCAUUUUGUAAAAGAUUGUGUGGGGUAUCUGUCAUCAGAAGUGGAGAGAGUAUGGAGAAUGCAUUAAGAGCAUGUUGCAAAGGAAUCAAAAUUGGUAAAAUCCUCAUCCACAGAGAGGGCAACAACGGACAACAGUUAAUUUAUGAGAAGCUACCUGCGGACAUCUCAAGUCGCCAUGUCUUAUUGCUUGAUCCAGUUCUAGCCUCAGGAAACUGUGCAGUCAAAGCUAUAUCACUUCUUCUUAGUAAAGGCGUUCCAGAAUCUAGCAUCAUCUUCCUUAACCUCAUAGCAGCACCUCAAGGUAUUCACGCGGUCUGUAAGAAGUUUCCUAAAGUGAAGAUUGUAACAUCAGAGAUUGAUGUAACAUUGGACAAUGAUUUACGUGUGAUUCCGGGCAUGGGGGAGUUUGGAGAUCGUUACUUUGGCACUGAUAAAGAUUGAAAUUAACAAAGAGUUGCAUCUGCCUAGUCUGGGAUGACUAAGUUCAUGUUUCCAGCUUAUUUCACCUUAUAUAUAUAUAUAUAUAUAUAUAUAUAUAUAUAUAUAUAAAACCAUAACGGAAAAUACAAAAUUUUCCCCUGGUUGAGUAAAAUCUCUUUUGAAAGAGUAAAAUGGGAAAAAAAGCACAUUGAUUUUGUAUUUAACUUGUUCUAAAUAAUUAAAUUCAAAUGAAUUGUGCUAACAGAAUGAAUGUGAAAUUAACAAUCAAUUUUUAUAAAA